UCAUUAUUGGCCGAAUGCGAGCCAUGGCGUGCAGCAAUACGUGGCCUCAUGCCCCACCUGCCACCUGAUGAAAUCCUCUCGCCAAAAGCCAGCUGGAUUACUACAACCGUUAGAACUGCUCACAAAGCCCUGGACGCACGUAUCCAUGGACUUCGUAACAGGGUUGCCAGUGCCGGCGCAUCCCAAAAUAAUGUUGUACUCGUGGUUGUUGAUCGAUUCACAAAAAUGGCUCAUUUCGUGCCAUACCGGACGGCAAUCACAGCCGAGCAAACCGCCAAGCUGUUCAUCCUGACCGUCUUUCGCCUGCAGGGAAUCCCGAAGGCGAUCGUGAGCGAUCGAGACCCCAUAUUUACGUCCAAAUUCUGGACAAAAAUGUGGGAACAAUACGGUACACGUCUCCAUUUGUCCACGGCCUACCACCCACAGACCGACGGCCAGACUGAACGGACAAAUCAGACCAUGGAGCAACUUAUACGGACAACCUAUACCGGCCCGACCGACUGGGAAGAUUCUCUCCCCUUGAUCGAGUUUGCGUAUAACAACGCCCCUUCGUCCACGACUGCCCAAUCACCGUUCUACCUGAAUUAUGGUCUAAAUCUCACGACUCCCAUGACACCCCUAGUUGAGAUAUGACACUAAGAAUUUAGGGUUGA